CCACUAUGCUGUCAUUUGAAGUAUUGGAACAAACAUGUGAUAUAUACUUCGAACCUCAUGAACUAAAUGACAAGAAUGCAUGAGAUUCCCCAGAUGACAGUAGUACCCGGAAGCAUCUAGCAUGCAUUCUAUAGUGAUAUCCAAGCCUCUGAGUCACAAACCCCUUAACCGUUGGCUUGCACCUGCGUAGAUUCAAGGCACUUUAAGCUUCACGGCUAAUGAUUUGCCACUAACAGUGCUGGAAUUUCUCAGCGGCGCCUGAUCCAUGUUCCACUCAGACUGUUCCACUGUCCACAGGGCUGUUCAUACUCCUGGUGCCACGCCACAACCCGGUUCUUACUGGUUUUAAACAAAUAUUUAUCGCCGUUCGUCCACUUCCUUCUCUUCUCUCUCCUUACUUUGCUCAAAUUCAGGUGCAACCAUCUUGCUAACACCUAUCUCCGAAUCUUCCUAUUGUCACGCGAACUUCCUCAUGGACUUUAUGCCUCGAUACGCCUAUAAAGUAACACGAACCUCCGCCUACUACACACACAUCAGUCGACCCAGACCCAAAACUAUACCCAAGUGACAGAAUUUUCAACUAGACGAGGAUCACUUGCUGCACAGCUUUUGAUCAUUUGAUCGUUAUAAACUUGCUUACAUUCAAAUUCUGCAAGUUUUCCUCGUCGAUUAACCUCCAUCCGUUUUGCACAUUCGCAUUUACAACACCACUUUUGGACUUAACCAAGACUUGGGCAAAAUGAUGAACCACGCUCGAGUCAAGGCCCUCAAGGGUGACGGAAAGACUACAUCAAAGAAAGCAAUUAAGUCAGGUCGUGCUUCCGCUGGUUUGACUCCUCGAGGCUCUCCUUUCGCUUCGCUUCUUACGUCACCCGCGCAUUCCGCAACCCCAAGCCGGGCUGCUUCUGACGAGAGCGAAGAUGACUUCGAAUACGACGACACCAUGAGCAUUGCUUCCGGAAGCUCUCUAGUCGACACCAAUGAAGACGGCACCAACACAUUCGACGCCAAGCAGUUUAUGGAAGAACUUCAGGAUCGCAAGCACAACAAUAGCGAUGCGCGAACUCAACUCCUGGAACUCUACAUUAAGGUUUUGCGACAUCGGUUCGCCCCUGCCACCCACGAGUGGCUUGAUGAUUCGGCCAACGAACUCGCAGAGCUUUUCAUUCGUGGCGCUAAUCGCGGCAUGGAAGCUAGAGAGCGACUACUUUACCUCCAGGCAUAUCUUCUGACUCUUAGUUCCUCAGAGGACGCCAACGUUUACGAGCAUGCCGAAGGAACUCUCAAGCAGAUAAUUGCCGACGACGACGAUGAGGAAUGCAAGGCUUUUGGCAUUUACGCAUUGUGCUUUACUGUACUUUAUGGCGGCGGUGGCGAGACGGAGGCCCUCGAGUUGCUCGACUACCUAUAUGCUAUAGUUGAGUCUGAUGGAGACAACAUCGACUCCUAUGACAAUGGAUUCAUUGUUGCGGCUGCUUUUCGAGGUUGGGCCUUUGUUGCUAGCCAUGUGGACGACUUUUCAUAUGCCGCCACCAUGGCUUUGGAUGGGUUUUACGAACAGCUUGACAGCGUCGAUGUUGGUGUUCAAGCUCAGGCCGCUGCCUGUAUUGCACUCAUUUUUGAAGCGGCGCGCAACCACGAGGAGGAGACGGGAGAAUCCUGGGAUCUUCCCGUCAACCCAGAGAAACUCACAGGUCGCAUGUCAGAGCUCGCCAAGCAGAGCUCCAAAUCAGUUUCAAAGAAGGAUCGCCGAGACCUUCGAGAUAGCUUGAUAAGUGCCAUCACCUCACUCGAGAAGGGUGUUGGACCAGGAUAUUCGUCAGCUGGCUAUACACCUCAGAAGGGCGAUAAGCGCCCAACCUCCAAGCCCAAUGAGGAUGGUGUCAUUGAAUUUGGAUACCGUCACAAACUCCGCCUCGGCAACUACGUCGCCGUGAUCGAUUCGUGGUCACUCUCUUCCAGAAUCGACAUGAUGAGACUUCUUUUUGGAGGGCACCUACAAAAGCACAUUUUUGACAACCCUGUCGUUGCUGAGUGUCUUAGUGACGCCGACUUUAGCGACCAGGGACCAGUUGCAAAGAAACCUCCUAAGAAAUAAGACAGCUAACUACAUUGCAUUGGGAUUCGAGGUUUGGGUGUUUUGCAGGCGUUUUGAUGCAGACUUUAUACCUGGGGGAUUAUUACAUGGAGGGUUUCCAGAAGGGCAUACGUUCUUGGUCGGUCUUUGACGAUCUUGUCGGAAUAGACGAAUGGAUGAUUGUGUUAAAGUGCUUUUCUGUCGCAUUCUUUCAAGCGGCGAUAUCUGAUGGGUUUGCUUUGCCCUUCACUCUAUCAAUACAGCGUCUUGAAAGUUAGUUGCCACGUGCUUGCUUGGUGAUCUGAGUGUCGUAAACUUCUCGCAAAAGAAGAGAAUAGUGUUUUGUAUAUAGGAAGAGUUUAGCGUUUUAGUCUUAAAGCCGUCGCAUGAAUGAAUGUUGAGGCUUGUUUCUCCGAUGAGACAUGGUUCAGUUCUUCUCAAUAACUUGCAACGUAUGCAUCGUGAUAUUUUAUUGGUCG